AUGGAUGACGAGAAACAAUAUGUUGGUUCUUCUGAAAUAGAUGGGUGAGUCUUUUUCAAAGCGAAAACUUUUAUAUUCUUCAAAAAUUAUAGUUCUUUCAGAGAUACAACCUUGGAUAGUUAUAUCUUCGAUGAUGACAGCGAUGAAGAUGAAGCUAUUGCUGCAACUGAUAAUCCUCAAUUUUGGGUAGAAUUAUUGGGAGUUGCAACAAAACCAGAUCCUUAUAAAGAUUGGAGCAAUAUUUAUGAUCUUAAUAGUCAGAUUGUUUUACGAAAUGAUUGUCGAAUGUUGGCAGCGCGUGUGAAUUAUAAAAAGACUGUUGUUGAGUUAGAGGAAAUGCUCACUCUUUAUUGCAAGAAGAGAAAUUGUGAUUAUUCGAAAGAUAAUGGAUGGAUUGAGGUAUACAUUUUUUAUUUAUUUCAAAACUGAAAUGAGAAGAAUUAAACAAAUAAUUGUUUCAGAUUCUCGAGAAAGUUAUCCAACUCAAUUUUUCAAAAAAGGAUGAAUUCAAUGUGUUUUUCGCAAUCACAACAAAAUAUAUCCCGAAUAAUACACGCUCCGGAGCUCAAAUCUAUGAUCUUUUCCGUUUGUUGUUGCAAUAUCAUUCACCGGAUUUGAGCAAUUUGCUAGAUUCGUUGAAUAUUUUACCAUCGGAAUAUGCUCAAAAAUGGUUCAACACUUUGUUUGCUUAUAAUAUGCCUUUCAAGAUUUGCAUCGCUCUCUGGAAAUGUAUAUUUGAGACGGUUAGUUAUUUUACAUAUGUCAAAUAACUGGAACUGAUUUUUGAAAUUCUUAUAUUUAACAUUUUCAGGGUGAUCCAUUCUUGGUAUUCCAUAUGGCGGUCAACUUGGUUUUGGAGAAAAAAGCUUCAAUCCUCAAAUUAGGCGACAAAAAAGCAAUUCUUGAAGAUCUUAAUUCAUUAACCGCCAAUUUUGACAUUAAAAACGUUGAACAUCAAAUUCCGAUUUGCGAAAAGCAAUCAAACAACACUCCAGCUUGCUUCCAAAAAGAUUUUCACUAUGUUCUUUUUGGCGCAAAUUUUGAUGAUGAAAUCGGAGAUAUUCAAGUCAACAAGUUAUUGUGUUUGGCAAUUCCAGCAAUCGAUUUAGCCUCUAGUGAUGAUGUAAGCAUUUUUUCUGUUUUGUUUUGUAUAAAAAACUAUAAAAAUUGAUUUCAGGACUCCAGUGGGAAAGUCAAUUUCUUUGUUAUUGAUGCGAGAUCAAACAUUGAUUUUGAUAGUGGUCAUUUCAUAUCUUCGUUCAAUUUAGAUUGUUCAAUGGUAGACUGUUUUUCAGAAAUUUGGAUGAAUAAAAACUUUUUUUUAGAUCGUUGAUGAUCCUGCUAAAUUUGACAUUGCCUUGGAUGCUCUGUUUGAAUAUAAAAAUGCAAAACGAGACAACGAUCAUUUCUUGUUCCUUGGUUACGGUGACGAUUCUAAAGAUCAAUAUAUGAAUAUGGUGAUUGCUCAAUUUAUUCAAAGAAAACUUCCACAUGUUUCAUUUGUUCAAGGUGGCUAUAAAAGUGAGUUUUACUUUAAAAAUACUGAAAUUUCAACAAUGAAUGAAACAUAUUUUUCAGAGUUACACAAUCAUCUUAUGGAAUUGGGAAAAUCAGAGUUAUUAUCCAUGCAUAGUGAUGAGACGUGUCUUGUUUGUAACAACGGAAAAGUGAAAAGUAAAGGAUGGGGUUUUAUGUCACGUAUGAAAUCUGCAGUUGCUAAUACAUCAAGUCGAAUGAAAGAAAGAGUUGAAGCUGUUGUUUAUCCAAUUGGUGAAACAUCAGCGGAUCACGUGCAUCACGUUGAUCCAAAAGAAAGACAUGGAAAACGAUAUAAACAACAAUCCGUAUUCAGUCUUGAAGAUAAAAGUGAUGAUGAGACUUCUGAAUUGAACACAUCUUUCAACCUUGAUUCAAAUGGAAAGGUAAUACUCAAUUUUUCUUUAAAAACGGUAAUUUAAUUUAUAAUUGAUUUCAGCUUGUCCUUCCCUCAGAAUUUAUUGCACAUUUUGAUUGCAAAGAAAUAUUCCAAGAUGGUCAGAUUGAUGCUUAUAUUGCCGUCACUCGCACUCAAAUACAUUUCAUUCACGAUUCAGGAAAUGGCCAAUUCACAACAUAUGUACGUUAUCACUUAUCGAAUCUUACCACAGUGUCAAGUAAAAGCAAAGUGCCAGAAAUCUUGACAUUCAAAUUUGGUAAUGAUAUUGAAGGCACCACAUCACGACUUCGGUUAGUUCCUGUUGUUUUUUAAAUAUUCUUUUUCAAAAAAAAAAUUGUUUUUUUACAGCUUCUAUGUUCCAAAAGCUGGAGAAUGUGUUCAAGCUGUCAAAUCUGCAUUUUUCUCAUUUAACCCGGAUUCAAAAGAAAAGGAUUGA